CGAGAGAUAGAAAAGGAAAAUGCGUAAGAAUAGGGUUCUGAGUGGAAAGUAGAAAGUGCAGAUUUCUUUCCCAUUAGUCCCUGAAGAAGUCAGAAUUUGUGACGAAGGGACUCGAGAAAUGGGGUGGGCGCACCCGGCGGUGGCCAUGGAGGAGGUGCUCCGUCUGGUGCGGGGAUUCGUGGACGUCCUUGUCCUUGCCGGCGGUCGCACCUCGUCGGGCGCCGCGGCUACUUGGAGCGCCGAAGAGGUCAAGAAGGCCCUCCGGUGGGCGCUCUUCUUCGAGGAGAUUUUCAAGGACCUGCGUGACUCGGGCCAGUACGAGGAUUCUGCAAGAGAGCUCGAUGCGGCACUCCUCGAGCUCACCUCGAGCCCCGGGUUCCCGAAGGGUCUUGCUGUUGUGCGUUCAGAAAUGCUUUCCAUGGCAAGGGUGUUGGUUGUGCGACAUUUUCUGAAAGCAAAAACAGUGAGCGUGGAAAACCUUGGUGCUCUUCUUGAAGCGGUUGUUGAGAUAGAUAUUGAUGGCAUUUGUGCUAAUGGUGUGCACAAUGCAUGCCAAGAGUAUGCUGAGUCAAUAUUGAAUAUGAAUCUGCCAUGUUUUGCGCAGACCAUGAAUGCUCGUGUUGGUGGACUUCCCACUAGUUCUGAUGAACUGCAUGCAGAAUCCACGGGCCAUUCACGGAUUAUAGUUAAAGAAUUUCAGAAAACGCUGGAUUCAGCAUUGUGUGCUUGUUUGGCUGAGAGAGGACUGGAAACACUUUUGAACAGUGUGAAAAGAAAUAGCUUGGAAAAUAGUAUUAAUAAGCCAUCCAUCCCAGCGAUUCCAAAAACAUCGCGAAUGAUCGACGAGUUUCUAAUGUGGAAGCAAUGGAGAGCCAAGUGUUUGUCAUAUUUGCUUGAUGAACGGAUCAUUCGGGUUUUAGCUGGAGCUAGUUUGAUUUUUAAAGCUCCUAAAGAGCAGUGGAUGAAAAUAUUUGAACCCUUAAAAGGUUUAGCCGAACCAUGUCAUAGUGGUCUUGUCGAAACUAUGGAGCUAUGCUUGCUGGGUUCAAUUACAGGGCGAUGGAACACAUUGAUAGAGCGCUUCAUAUCACACACUUUCUGUUUCAUUCCUAUAUCCAAGAUGUAUGCUGAUCUGCACCAGUGCCUUCACAGAACUUCUCAGGAGAAAUUCCAAGACGAACAUCUUAAUUUGGAGGAAAAGGAUAUUCUUGACUAUGCAAGACAGUCAAUAGAGAGUAAACCAUCCUUACUGUGGCUUCUACCUCCAGUUCUUACCGCCGCAGCAAUUCCACCAUGGUCAAGCUUGUUCCAGAUAUACCUUGCUCAAAUAGAUAAGCAAUUUCAUGAUACUACUUCUGCAGAUCGAAAGUGUAAGUGCAGAGGAGAUGAAAUAGAUCAGCAUAGUAACUGUGAGAUUACUGAAAGGAUUCAGUGUCUCUACGCAUUCCAUAUUCAGCCUUCAUUUAAUGGUUCCACGAUGACAUAGUUAUAGUUCAAGAUCAUGCUGAAUAUUACAAUUUGCACGCUGAUUCUGACAUUUCACUUUUAAGUUUUAAAGAAUGACUGAUCGGCUAUAGCUUCCUUGGUUGUAUCUUUUACUUUUCAUGUAGCAUGAUCAAAAACUAACUUGUGUCACUGGUAUGUGUUCGUGCGUGCGUGUGUGUGUUGCCGGGGUCAGGGUGAUGUUGUACAUCUUUGCACUCUUCUGCUUUAAUGAAAUGACGCCAACUCUCCUGCAUCGUUCAAGGAAAAAUAUGAGUGACUGAUUCCCCAGCUGACUGCAAACAUUGAUUGGCUGAACCUGAAAUAGCAGAAAAUCAAUUGAUUCCACCUUUUUGCAUGCUGGAAACAGUUGAAAUGAAAAGGAUAUAGAUUAUGGCCAUUUCAUGCAUGUAAACCUAGAGACUGAAUUUGUUCUUGCUCUUUUUUGUCUUCAAGGUGAAAUGGAAGACUGUUACUAGAUUCACCCUGUGUUCAUUCUUCUAUAUUUUUUUUGUGCAUUCUGCACAUGAAAUGUACGGAAUUUUUUUAGGGUGAUAAAUGAACUGUUUGUGAUAUUAUAUAAUAAUAUUUUAGUGUGGAUUUUCUUGUUA